AUGGAGUUGAGUGCCAAGUUUGCAAUAAAAGAGGUCACACUGCAAAUAAUUGUUAUCAAAAUCUUGAGUGCAUCUACUGCCACAAGAAAGGACACAUUGCCAGCAAAUGUUUUCAAAAUCCUGAAUCACCUGAAUUUAGGGGUGGGCAAAAAUGACCGAAAGACCGAAAGACCGGAAGGGACCGAUCCGGACCGGCCGGUUCGUAAACCUAAUUACCUAAUUUUCCUGACUUCCUCCCUCAACUCUCUGGCUCUCUGCGACUCCGCCUCUCACAGAGUCACAAUCGGUCUUCCUCAGUCCUCACCUCUGCGGCUCUGCCUCUCAGCUCUCACAAGUCACAAUCGGUCUCUUGCGUCUCUGUCCCAGCCUCCCAAGUACACCAGGGUGGUCUUGAUUGGCGACUCCGGCGUCGGCAAGUCCAAUCUCCUCUCCAGCCUUCAGGGGCAGAUUUGGUGGUUUGUGGUUGCAUGUGGGUUUGUUGAAUUUGAAGAUUAUAUAUUUCUGUACUUGAUUCAAAAGCUAGGCAAGAUGAAUUUAACAAAUGCAGCCAAAUGAAAGUCUGUAUGAUCAGAAGCCUGAAGAACCAGUUAUCCCAGUAGUUUCCUCAACCAAAAGCACUCCACCAGCUGUCACACCCCUUUCUGCACCCAAGUCAUCGAGUUUCUUUGCGGAUUUCGGAAUCGAUAGCAGUUAUCCCAAGAGAACUAGUUCAAACUCCUCAAAGGUGCAAGUAAGUUCUGUUUGAGCAAUGACAUUUGCAUACUAUCAAGCAAAACUUGAUCAUUGUUGUUUGUUUUAUGUGUAGACAUUUAUGUAGUUGAUAUAUAUACAUUUCUGCAUUUAGGAAAUCUACGUUGACUAGGAUCAGAGUUUGACAUGGUUAAUAAAUGUGUAGGUACCAAGGUUUUAGAGAAGUGAAUUCUGAGCUUUCCUUUUAAUCAUCUAGUCAAAGACAAGGAAAAAAAAAAAA